ACCACUAGUGAUCCAUCCGCCUCCUGCGAGGUCCUAACAUUCUUGUGAAGUGAAGGCGAAUUAAAAGCAGGAGGAACAAAGUGUUAGAGGGAGUGAAGUGUGACUUAUACAUGGUCUCUUGAGGGGGAACUUUUAACGCGCAACUCCUCCUCAAACUUUAUUUUCGAUGAGCUGUGACUCUUGGUGCAAGGCGCAUGUAGCUCAUAUCACUGCGCACUGGGUUUUGGGAAGUAGUUCCGGCUGGGGCAGGUUUUGCAAAGUUGAGGAGAGAAAAAGUUAGAGAGGGGGGACUGCAGAGGCGCACGGUGCCAGAGCCAGGACCACUAGGGAGCCUCUGCAAGCGCAACACGCCGAGAAGAAAGAAGAAGAAGAAGAAGAAGAGUUUUCCUCUCUAUUUGAUUCCACUGAGGGCGCGCGUGGCUGGGUGGGAAAGCAGGGCUAUGACACGCGAUUAAGAGCCAUUCCAGUUUUGUGAGUGUUAACGCAGUGGCGGAUUCUUGUGUUAUUCCUCCUUCCCCCCCAAGAUGAAUAAAGACUUGAAGAGCCUGCGACAGCUCGCCGUGCCUCUGCUCUUCCUCGCCCUGUGCGUCGCGGUGCAGCAAUCCGACUCUGCGGCAUGCCAAGGCUGUGUGGGAUCCAAAUGUGACUGCAGCGGACAAAAAGGACUCAAGGGUGAACGGGGUUUCCCCGGCCUUACCGGACAGCCAGGAGUCCCAGGAUUCCCCGGACCUGAGGGACCCAUUGGACCCAGAGGAGAAAAGGGUAGCGAUGGACCUGGAGGACUGGGCGGUCCCAAAGGAAUAAGAGGACCUUCUGGGUUACCAGGAUUUCCAGGAACUCCAGGACUUCCUGGUCUUCCCGGACAGGAUGGACCACCAGGCCCGAGAGGAGUGCCAGGAUGUAACGGGACAAAGGGUGACAGAGGUUACCCAGGAAGUGGAGGAAUCCCUGGACAGCAGGGAAUACCCGGUCCACCUGGUCUGCCAGGAUCAAAGGGAGACCCAGGCGAUGUGAUCUCCACCAACCGUUUUGGAGAGAAAGGAUCAGUUGGAUAUCCAGGAUUACCCGGAGGCCCUGGCUCUCCUGGACCCCCAGGUUUACAAGGACCAAGCGGCCCACCGGGAUCCAGAGGAUAUGAUGGUCGUCCAGGACCUCCUGGUACCCCAGGACCAAAGGGAAACAUGGGACUGAACUUCCAAGGACCCAAAGGAGAGAAGGGUAACCCCGGUUUGGCAGGACCUCCCGGUCCUCCCGGACAGGUGGGAGAGCAGAAGAGACCACCUGAGACAGAGAUCCAGAGAGGAGACAAGGGUGAUCCAGGUUUCCCAGGUCCUCCAGGUGAUCCCGGCUACCCCGGACCCACUGGACCCUCUGGUGGCCAAAAAGGAGACAAGGGAGAAGCAGGAGAAGCAGGAAAACGCGGUAAACCAGGCAAAGAUGGCGACCCAGGUCCUCCAGGCUUCCCUGGAAUCAAAGGAGAGUCAGGUCUUCCGGGUCCAGCUGGCAGGGAUGGAGAGAGAGGACUGAAAGGUGAAUCUGGAUACCCAGGACCUCCAGGAGUGGUGAUUGGCGGGCAGACAGGAGGUCGGGUCGGUUCUAAGGGUGAGCCUGGAUAUCCUGGAAGUCCUGGAACCAAAGGAGACAGAGGUCCACAAGGUAUAUCAGGCCCUCCAGGAAAUCCAGGACUUCCAGCUAUCGGUGGAGGUGGUCAGAACGGACCUCCAGGCUUCCCCGGAGAGAGAGGUCAGAAGGGAGAACUCGGCUCCCCAGGUCUGUCUUUGCCAGGUCCUCCAGGACGUUCAGGAGCUCCUGGUUCCGUGGGUCAGCCAGGUCUUCCAGGACCGCCAGGAUUUUCUACAGGGGGACAAAACUGUGUCGCUGGAGAUCCUGGGCGUCCUGGUGUUCAGGGAGAGAGAGGUUAUCCGGGAGAGACGGGACAGAAAGGUGACAAGGGUGACACCUGCGUGAACUGCUUUGGUGGUGGCAGUGCCAUUCCAGGACCCCAAGGACCUCCAGGACAGCCCGGAUUCCCAGGAUCUCCUGGUGGUCCAGGUAUCAAAGGUGACAGAGGAUUUUCAGGAGGUCCCGGUUCUUCUGGAGCUCCUGGCUCCCCUGGUCCUCAAGGUGCUCCAGGAUUCCCAGGAGAGAAAGGAGACCCAGGUGAUGCUGUCACAGUCAGCGGUGUGAGAGGAGACAAGGGUGACAGUGGCUUCCCUGGACCACCUGGUCUUCCUGGUCUUGAUGGUCGACCUGGUCGUGAUGGACUGCCUGGAGGUCCUGGAGCCAAAGGAACUCCCGGUUCUUUGCUGGUGAAAGGAGAACGAGGGCUCCCUGGUGAGCCAGGUUCCUCAGGUAUUCCAGGUGACAGAGGUUCUCCAGGAUUGCCUGGAUUUGGACCUCAGGGUCCUUCAGGAGAGAAAGGUAUCCCAGGAGUCCCAGGAAGACCUGGAGGUCCUGGUGCACCUGGUUCUAAAGGUGAACCGGGCCUGGCAGUGGCUGAGAAGGGUUUACCAGGAUCAAGAGGACUGGAUGGCGAGCCAGGAUUGCCGGGUUCUCCAGGAAACCCAGGUGGGCCCGGACAGAACGGUUUCCCUGGCUUACCAGGAGCAAAGGGUGAUCCUGGACUUCCAGGAAUUGGACUUCCAGGAUCCCCGGGAGUUAAAGGAUUCCCAGGUAUCCCUGGCCAGCCAGGACCCCCUGCAGGACCAGGCAGACCUGGUGUAGAUGGACUCCCUGGCCAGCCUGGAUUUCCUGGACCCAAGGGUGAACCCGGCUUCGGCCUCCCUGGCCCUGCAGGCUUACCAGGAGUACCUGGAGGUAAAGGUUUCCCCGGACCGAAGGGAGAUCCUGGAUUCCCUGGCGGCCCUGGUACACCUGGACGAUCUGGAUUUGAUGGCACUCCGGGCAGUAAAGGUGAGCCCGGUGUACCUGGUAUUCCUGGAGCUCGUGGCCCACCUGGAACCCUCACCGCUGGUUCACUUGGUCCACCAGGCCCACCUGGACCCCCUGGCCAAAUGGGAUCACCAGGAUUCCCUGGAGGAAACGGAGGAAAGGGAGACCCUGGCCCUCCAGGUCUAGACAUUCCAGGUCUGCCAGGAGACAGAGGAAGUUCUGGUUUCCCAGGAUCUCCUGGACCAGCUGGUACCCCAGGACCUCCUGGAGGACCUGGAAGGGAUGGCCUGCCUGGACUGCCAGGUGUCAAAGGAGACAUGGGUCCCAUGGGAUCUCCAGGACCUUCUGGAGGGCCAGGAGGACCAGGAGGACCAGGUGGCCCUGGAGCUAAAGGUGAACCCGGAUUCUCAGGCAGAGACGGCUCCCCUGGUGGUCCUGGUGGAAAGGGAGAAAGAGGCGAGCCUGGUCUCCAGGGACCCCCAGGAGCCACCCUACCACCAUCAGUCACAAAGGGAGCCAAAGGAGACCCUGGAUUCCCAGGUUCACCAGGUAUUCCAGGUCAGAAAGGUAUCCCCGGUCUCUCUGGUGAGCCUGGACUGUCAGGCGGAGAUGGACGCCCUGGACUCCCUGGACCACAAGGUCCCAAGGGAGAUCCUGGUAUCCCAGGAGGCUCAGGUGGUCCUGGAGGUCCAGGUGCUAAAGGCAGCAUGGGUGAAAUGGGAUUCCCAGGCCCGUCAGGGCAGAAGGGUCUAUCAGGUCAGCCAGGUAGGCCUGGAUCUCCAGGAGGGCCAGGAGGGCCUGGUUUCCCUGGAUCCAAAGGUGAACCAGGUUCUGCUGGAGUUGGGCCACCUGGACCAGCUGGACUCAAGGGUGAACCUGGCCAGCCAGGGUUCCCAGGAAGUCCAGGACUUAAAGGGUCUCCAGGAGGACCAGGCGGCCCAGGCCAACCAGGAGGUCCUGGUUUCAAAGGAGACCCUGGCCUCCCAGGAUUCCAAGGUUCACCUGGUAUCCCCGGUCCAAAGGGUCUUGAUGGUGGACCUGGUGGCCCAGGUCUCACAGGAGCCCCUGGUAGACCAGGAGAGUCUGGACGACCAGGACAAUCAGGGCUUCCAGGAGAGAAGGGUCAGGCAGGUCGGGACGGGAUCCCAGGACCGGCUGGAGUCAAAGGAGAACCAGGACUACCUGGUUAUGGAGGUCCUGGUUCCAAUGGUCUUCCAGGAUUGCCAGGUUCAAAGGGUGACCCAGGUCUCCCUGGCCCAUCUGGCAGUUCUGGUUUCCCUGGCACUAAAGGAGAGUCUGGUUUCCCUGGUUCUCCUGGUAAUCCUGGCAACAGCGGUCCUCCUGGGCCUCCUGGGCAGGCUCUGCAGGGCCCCAAAGGACUCCAAGGACCCCCUGGACCACCAGGAAGAGGAGGAACACCUGGCCCACAGGGUCCCCGCGGGCCCCCAGGAACUGGAGGCAUCAGAGGAGAGAAGGGUAUUGCCGGCACUCCAGGUCAGCCAGGAUUCCCUGGACAGAAAGGAGACUCUGGUACUCCUGGUUUCCCGGGUUCUUCCGGUCUUCCUGGUGGUACUGGUGUGAAGGGAGACAUUGGUCUGCCUGGCGUUCCUGGAUUCCCUGGACCCAAAGGCGAGUCAGGUAUCCCUGGUGGCGGUGGGCUUCCUGGAGAUCCUGGAGACAUCGGAUCCCCGGGUCUUCCUGGUGACCCCGGUGUGCCUCCGACUCCCAUCGUGGUGAAAGGAGAGAGGGGACCCCCUGGUCCUCAGGGACAGAAUGGUCUUCGAGGACCACCUGGUAAUCCUGGGAGUGGUGGAAUUCCAGGCGCAUCUGGUUUGCCUGGAGAUCCCGGUCUUGAGGGUCCUCCUGGCUUUAGCGGCCCAGCCGGCAGGAAGGGAGACACCGGACCUGCUGGUCAGCCUGGUCAGCGUGGAUAUUCUGGUCCUCCUGGUUCUGAUGGUCCACAAGGUCCUCCUGGUCUUCCAGGAUCUGUUUCUGCAUCUCAUGGCUUCCUCAUCACCAGACACAGUCAGGGUCAGGACGUCCCCUUCUGUCCUGAAGGAACCAGUGUCAUCUAUGAUGGAUACUCUCUGCUGUACGUGCAGGGCAACGAGAGGGCUCACGGACAGGAUCUUGGCACGGCCGGCAGCUGUCUGCGCCGGUUCAGCACCAUGCCCUUCAUGUUCUGCAACAUCAACAACGUGUGCAACUUCGCUUCAAGAAACGACUACUCCUACUGGCUGUCUACACCCGAGCCCAUGCCGAUGAGCAUGGCCCCCAUCACCGGAGAGGGCAUCAAGCCUUACAUCAGCAGGUGUGCGGUGUGUGAAGCUCCAGCCAUGGUGAUCGCAGUCCACAGUCAGACCAUCCAGAUUCCAACCUGCCCGGCAAACUGGGAGGCCCUGUGGAUCGGAUACUCCUUCAUGAUGCACACUAGUGCCGGUGCCGAGGGCUCCGGUCAGGCUCUGGCCUCACCUGGUUCCUGUCUGGAGGAGUUCCGCAGCGCCCCCUUCAUCGAGUGCCACGGCAGAGGGACAUGCAACUACUACGGCAACUCCUACAGCUUCUGGCUGGCCACUGUGGAGCCCUCUGAGAUGUUCAGGAAGCCGCAGUCCGAGACCCUCAAAGCAGGUAACCUACGAACCCGCGUCAGCCGCUGCGUCGUCUGCAUGAAGAGGACGUAACGGCAACCAGCGAACGCGCGGUUUGCCUAGGACGCCUGGUCGAUUAAACAAGAGACGUGAUUGGAUGACGGGGAGGGGGACAAGUAAAGGGGGUGGUGGUCACACAGCGAUGAUUAGGCCAUCGCCGUGACGACAAAGUGGAAUUCCAAUGGUGCAUUGUCUUCCGGAUAAAAAAAAAAACAAACAAACACAAAAACAAAACAAUGGUGCUACUGUGCAACACAGCUUAAAAAAAAAAAAAAAAACAAGACAAAAAGUAACUGACGUAAACACAUCUUACAAUUUAGUCUUUGUUUUUCUUCAGACGUACCUCAAAAAACGAAAGCAGAAAAAUAUCCACUAAUGGUGCCAUGAUGGAUGUGCGACAACUAAAGUGCAUUUUUCAUUUCUUUUUCCCCAAAAAAGGAUUCCCUUGUUUCCUUUCCUCUGUCCUUUCUUUUCAAUCACUUUUGACGUUUGGUGCAAGAAAGAAUGUGAUCCUGUUCAUCCCUUUUUUUUUUAGACAGAAGUGAUCUUUUAUUUUUAUUUUUUUUGGCCUUAACUGAUGAGGAGUGGAUGGUCUCCAAUGUUACCAAAAUCGGCACUUUGACUUCGGAACAUCCAAGAUGAGAGAUGCACUGACGAUGAGCUUUCCUUUAGUGAGACUGACUGCCUUUUUUAUAACUAGCUCUUCAUUCACUCUCUCUCUCUCUCUCUCUCUCUCUCUCUCUCUCUCUCUCUCUCUCUCUCUCUCUCUCUGUCUGUCAUUUCUCUGUCGUUUUAACGUUACAUUUGGUGGUACUAACCCUGCUGUAGCCUGCCCUCUAACCCCUCAGCCUACACCUCCUUUUUUUCUCUUACUUUUUUUUUUUGUAAGUAAUAAAAUGUGUAUAUUGUGUAAAACACUUUGUUUUUAGUGUAUUAGGUCCUGAAUCGGUUCCAGCUGUUCAACCAUUUUCCAGGUUCUUUUUUUUUUUUUAGCUUGCACACACUCACACGCAUUUACACACUCACACACACACACACACACAUUCAACGCUCACUCACACACACCACUCAGAUAUUGUACAAAGUAAGGCUUUUAUGAAUGAAACAGUAUUUUAUAUAUUAUAAAUAUAUAUUUGAAAAAAAAAGAGGAUAAAAGGUAUAUAAACUUUAUUUGGCUGUGGGGAGAUCGUUCUCUGUUUUCUACUAAACAAAGGUCAGGCAUUUUCAAUAUACAGCUAACUACUGAGCACAGGCGGUGGAGCCAUGUUCCCGCGGCAACAACAACAACAACAACAACAACAACAAACUUGUAUGAUAUCAACGAUGCUUCAAAUUUUUGUAUUGGAUUAGUAGAAUGAAUAAAUGAUGAACUGAAUAAAGGGGAUUUGCUUUUAGCUAGUCUGUUGAUCGGGGAGUGUCACAGAUAUUUGUGCAAAAAAAAAAAAAAAGGAUUUGAAUUCAAUUUUGGCUCCUUGUUAAGAAAA